AUGAAAAGAAAAGAAUCCAAGACUCAAGAAAAAUGUUCUCCGGAAGACACCGAGGCUUGGAUUUUGGGUAGCGGGACCUCAUCCUUGGCAUCGGCAUACUUUCUGAUCAAACAAGCCGGAAUACCACCCCCGAAGGUGCAUAUUCUAGAGUCAAGCGAUUCGAUCCAGCAAGUUUUGCAUCGAAAUGGUGAUGCUACUAGCGGUUACGAUCAACUUGCAGGGUGUUUGCCUGUUCCAAUUGGUGGACCCUUGAAAGAGAUCCUCGCUGACAUCCCAUCCUCAAUUCUAACUCCUGGCCGGGCGCAGAGCUUCCUGCAUGAUAUAGAGUCAGCCGAAGUAAAAAGGAACUUCCGGAAGGAAAGCAGCGGUAUUAGCAUUUUGAUUGAAAAGGAUCAUGUGCUAAAGAAAAUCGCAACUGCGUCGUUGAACUUGGGUUUGAAGCAUAGACUGAAUCUGAUACGCUUUAUCGCCAAGCGGGAGAAACGACUAGGGCGCAAUCAGAUCAAGGACUUUUUGCCAGAAAGCUUUUUCCAAACUUCUUUUUGGGCUAUCUGGUCCGCUCAAUUCGGUCUCCAGCCCUGGCAUAGCGCAACCGAAUUUAGGCGUGCUAUCCGCCAGUACAUUGGAGAGUUCCACGGCCUAUCUAUUUUGAGCGGUCUUGAUAUCACAGGCCCCUACCAAUACGAAUCUAUAUUUCUUCCAAUCUUCAUUUUCCUACAAAGCCUCAAUGUCGAUUUCCAGUUCGAUACCAGAGUUACGGGCAUUUCAACCACAAAGUCUAACAAUGAUACCCAAAGAGUUUCGAGGCUUGACGUGAUUCAGGAUGGAUUCAAACGUCGCAACGACCUUGGACCGCACGAUGUCGUAAUAGCAACAAUAGGGUCAACAAUGUCUGGAACCGCAAUAGGAUCAAAUGAUGAACAACCACUUAUCUUAUCACACUAUCCGAACGAGGAACUUGACGAGAACUGGUCAAUCUGGCUCGCACUUUGUUCAAAGGAUAAAGAAUUCGGCAACCCCUAUAGUUUCUGCACUCGCCGGUCCCAAUCCAUGUUAGAGUCCUUCACAAUCACUACUGAAGAGCUCACCCUUUUCAACUACCUGACUUCAGUAUCACUAUCCACGUCGACAACAGGGGCAUUGAUCGUCCUUCAAGAAAGCCAGUGGAAGCUAAAUCUGUGUAUACCUGCGCAGCCAGUUUUUCGAGACCAGCCUCAAAACGUGCGCGUUCUCUGGGGCUUCGCACUCUUCCCAGAGUGUAGAGGGAACUAUAUUAAGAAACCGAUGCUCCAAUGCUCGGGGGCAGAGAUUCUAGCGGAAGUUCUAAAACAUGUGAACUUCCCAACUGAACUGCUCUUUCGACAUACUGUGACUAUUCCACGUGUUAUGCCACGGAUGAGUUCCCUCCUGCUGGCGCACUCUUGGGAUGAACGCCCUGAGCCUGUUCCUUGUCGCACCUCUAAUAUCGGACUGGUUGGGCAAUUCGUCGAGAUUCCGGAAUAUAGCUGUCUUGACAUGAGUUAUGGUGUUCGUUCAGCGCAAAUAGCGGUAUCCCAGCUGCUGGAUCUCGCUAUACCUUCGGUUAGAAUGAGGAGAUCACAGUUUAAUAUUUUCCUUAGGAUUCUGCUAUGGAGAUGA